GAGAUCAAGAAAGGAAAAGUGAGAGACACUGACGCUACUUUUGGCCUCCUGCUCGGUGUGUUUGUGGUCUGUGGCCUGGCUCUGCUGGGCCUUCUUACAUUCAUCUCCUGGAAGCUGUGCUGUGAGCCUUGGCGAACUAAGGCACACUUCCCCAGUCCAUCCCUCACUCCAUCCUGUGGCCCAGAGCACUGCCCGCAACAGCCGCCUCUACUGCUGCCCAGUCCCCAGCAGUCACCAGUCACCAUGGCGACAGAGAAGGUGAAGGACCCCAUGGGCUCGAUGGGUUUCCUGGAGGCGGCAGUGAAGAUAAGCCGUACAUCUCCCGACAUCCCCACCGAUGUACAGCUCUCCAUGAGGGAGCACUUCCUGCGCCGCACGCAACGCAUGCAGAGGCAAACCACUGAGCCGGCUUCCUCCACUCGACACAAUUCAUUCAAACGACACCUGCCCAGGCAGAUGCAGGUAGGCAGUCUUGACCUGGGAAAUGACUAUAUGGUCGACAGAGAUGAAAAGCCCACCAGCAUAGGGCGCAUCCAGCCAGAGCUCUACCAACAGAAGACCCCGGAAUCAGAGGAUUCGUCCAAGAAGGGCAGCAGCCAAAACUGUGGCACGAUUAACUUCUCUCUGAAGUACGACUAUGAAAACGAGGCACUCAUCGUCAACAUCCUCAAGGCAGUAGACCUACCUGCCAAGGACUUAUGUGGCACAUCUGACCCUUACGUGAAGGUCUACCUGCUGCCUGAUCGCAAGAAGUUCCAGACUCGCGUCCACCGGAAGACACUCAACCCCACAUUCAGCGAGAGCUUCCAGUUUCCUGUGCCUUACGAUGAGCUUGCAGUCAGGAAGCUCCAUAUGAGUGUCUUUGACUUUGACCGGUUUUCACGGCAUGACAUGAUCGGGGAAGUGGUGCUGGAAAACUUGUUUGAAACAUCAGACCUCUCCAGGGAGACGAACAUAUGGAAGGACAUCCAAUAUGCCACCAGUGAAAGUGUUGACCUUGGGGAGAUCAUGUUCUCACUAUGUUACUUGCCCACCGCGGGCAGACUCACACUUACUGUCAUCAAGUGCAGGAACCUCAAGGCUAUGGACAUCACUGGAUACUCAGAUCCCUAUGUCAAAGUGUCACUCAUAUGUGACGGGAGACGCUUGAAAAAGAAGAAGACGACCAUAAAAAAGAACACGCUAAAUCCCACCUACAAUGAGGCCAUCAUCUUUGACAUCCCGCCAGACAGUAUGGACCAUGUCAGCCUGCACAUAUCUGUCAUGGACUACGAUUUGGUAGGUCAUAAUGAGAUCAUUGGUGUGAUGAGGGUUGGGUGCCAUGCCGAGGGACUUGGCAGGGACCACUGGAACGAAAUGCUGGCUUACCCACGCAAGCCCAUUGCACACUGGCACCCCCUGCUGGAGUCCAAGAAAUCUGAGAAGGAGUGGAAGGCGAGGACAGCCAGCUUUGACAGCCAAGGUUCCUGCCCCUCACCCAGGCCCCCUGCUAGUCCCUGAACAGAGCCACCUGUGACCCACCAGCCCAGAAGGGGGUUUCCUCCCUCCUGCUGAUCCACUUCCUG